AUGAAUGACAGCCUGUUUGUCAGUCUGGACAGACUUUUGCUAGAAUUUGUUUUCCAGUAUGAACAAGAUAUAAGUACUAAAGAAGAUAUAGUUCAGCGAAUUAAUAAAUGCUUUGAAGAUAUUAAACAAUGCAAAGCUACUGUUUGUAAGAUACAUGAAACUAUAAAUACGACAGAUGAGGAAAUUGGUCAUUACUGUAAACAUAGGAAAGAGAUCAAAGACAACUGUAGUAGCUGGAAGCCAACAUGUGAUGUAUUUCAUAAACAUGAAGACUACAUGCAGGAGCAAUUUAUUAUUUAUCAAGAAACUAUUGAAAAAGACAAAAAAGUAUACCAUGGUUAUAUAUGUCAGUAUAAAGAUGUUUUAAAGCAAUACCAACUAAAAUUCUCAGAAACACCCCUCUCACAUGAAUAUUAUGAGAAGAAAAGAGAAUAUGAAGAAAUUCAAAACAGAGUGUUGGCAUGUACUGAACAACUGAAAAUGAAUGAAAAUAUUUUUAUGGAAUUUUUAGUGCCUGCUCCCUUUCCAUCACUUACCAGUUGGACACUACAUAUGGUUAAUUUGAGAUACAAAACACAAGAUAUUCUUAAACAUGCUAACCAGUUUUCCAAAAGAUCAUGUGACUUGAAGAAAGAAAUAGAUGACAUGGAAAUAGAAAUUAAUUAUUUAAACCAGCAGAUUGCAAGACAUUAUGAAAUGAAGAAUCUUCCAGAAACUCUAGAAGAAAAAAAUAAAAAUGUAGAAAAGAGAAAGGAAUUGAAAGAAAGAAUUUUUGAAAAAGAUCCACAACCUGUACUUAUGUUGAACAAAACCCCUCAAAACAAUCAAUUAUUUCUUCCAUAUGAAUCUCAGAAAUUAGUCAAACCAAUAAAGAUGCAUUCUUCAGAACCAAGAGUUAUAGAUAAAAAAGAAGAAAGUUCUGUGAGGCAGUCAAAGCUUGCCAGUGUUGACUUCAAGCAAAAAGAAAAUGAUGCAUGUGUAUUGAAUGACUCUGCUGUGAAUAACCAUCCAAAAUGUACACAUGUUACGCCGGCUUUUAAAAAUUCACAAAAUGUUAUGCAGUUCAGAUUAGUAACCCCACAGAAACAAUCAAACUGCAAUCAGUGGUUAGAAAAGAGAGAUACAGAUGCUGAGUGUGGAGAUAAAGGGACGAUAAGACAAUUGCCAGAAUCAAAAUGUGCUUCACAAAUUACAUAUGCAGAACAUUUUGGGAAGCCAAUAGAAAGUAAUAGUGAUGAAAUAGAAGAAAGGGCUGGGAUUUUUCCACGAACUCCUGAAAUUCCUUUAUUUUUAAGGACUGCUGAAGAUGUGAAAACACCUGACUCUGUGGAGAAAUUACCUAAAACCCCCUCAUUUGAAAUAAAUAGAGAUACGGCUACUGAGAGUCAAACCCAAAAGGACUCCCCUGGAUUUUCUUUUUUAAUGAGUUAUACUUCUCGAUCCCCUGGAUUGAAUUUAUUUGAUUCUUCUGUAUUUGAUUCGGAAAUCUCAUCACACCAGUUUAGUGAACAUUAUUCUUCAGAAAAUUUAAAUCCUCUCUCAUCACAACAAGAAAUUGGAAACUUAUUUGGGAAACCAGAGAAAGAAGAUGCUUUUACUUUUUCUUUCCCAUCAGACUCUUCAACUCAUACAUUUGGUGCUGGAAGAGAUGAUUUUAGUUUUCCGUUUUCAUUUGAACAGGAUCAAAACUCAGCACUUUCUUCUGUAAAAGGAUUUUCAUCUUCCUCACAAAAUACAACACAAUUUACUUUUUUUUGA